UGGUAUCUGUGCGUGUGUGUAGAUGUGUGUGUGGUUACCAGUUUGCAACGUUGAGGACCUUUGCAUUUUCCCGUAUGUGAUGUUUAUGAAACUUUUCUCAAACAAAGCUCAUGCGCCAUGAAUUUACUUUUUUUUGUCACGGGGGCGUGUUGGAAGAGGAGAGGGAGUCUUCUGGCUUUGCAGGGGUAGCGAGCAAUGUGACGUUGUUUCUUGUUGCAUUCAGAGUCCCUCUGUCUUCGGGUCGGCCCGCUUGUGCUUCUGCGGUUUUGUGCCAUAGCCUAGGCGACUAGCGUUGUUGAUGUGUCUUGCGUGUUUCGAUUUUUUUGGUGCCAUUGUUUAACUUAAUUUUACUUCUGUCCAUCCUUCCGGGCCCUCGCCAAACACCAGCUUCGUGUCUCGUUUAGUUUUUGGUGGUUUAGUGUAAAGUGCGGAGCAGCAGAAUCCCUGCUGUGGACAGAAGAUGUUAAGUACAUGGCGGUGUGAGAGCACACAGAAAAACAUACAUGCACAUACAAUGUGUCUCUAUAUAUGGAAUAGAAGUGCAGUCGUCCUUGUGGUUUGCGGCCACUUUCCGGUGUUCGUUUUCUCAUAUUUAUUUGUGUGGUUGCAUAUUAUGCUGCAUGUGAGAGCGAGCUAACUAUGGUGUUUGUGAAUCUGCUCUUACAGUGGUGUGAAGCAGCUGGUCUGUGGUUAUCUGUGCAGCAGCACACUGUGAAAAGGCAAAAUUGUUCCCGUCUCAAAUGUUGCUUUGGGCACUUGGCCUUAAAAUGGUUCAAAAUGGCGCAAUAAUGGAAGUUGCUCCGUCUUUGAACUGCACUCGUCGCCUGUUCCCAGUCGGGAUAUUUUUAGUGACAAAACGCAACAUGUCUAAAUCCACUGUGUUAUUUCAAUGUCCAAGUGUGAAUGUGUGGUUUCUACUUUCCUCACGGUGAUUAUGCCUGCAUGUGACAAAAAAAAACGUGUCAUUGUGGGUUGUCCGCAAGCAAUGUUACAUGCGUAUUCGUGGAUGUGCGUGUGAGUAAGUUUGGUUGCACUGUGGACAAAAGGCUAGAGCUGAGAGUGCAGCCGUCGACCCAUCCUGGACGUCAGCCUUACUUUUUUUUUAAGCACUUCCCCAUGUUGGAUGACAGAGCAAAGUAAAGAGGAGUUUUUAAGUGUGGACUUGACAAAGCACCUGGUGAUGGAGAUAGUGAAGGUGUGGAGCGAAGAUGGUGCCGGAAAAGUCGUGGAGAUCCCGGUGGACAUGACGGCCAGAGACGUCUGCCAGCUCCUGGUUUACAAGAGCCACUGUCUGGACGACAACGCCUGGACGCUGGUGGAGCACCACCCCAUCCUUGGCCUUGAAAGGUGUCUGGAAGACCAUGAGCUGGUGGUUCAGGUUCAAGCCUCCAUGACCAGCGACAGUAAAUUCCUCUUCAGGAAAAACUAUGCCAAAUAUGAAUUCUUCAGGAACCCUCUGAACUUUUUUCCAGAGCAGAUGGUGGCUUGGUGUCAGGAGUCCGAUGGCACAAUCCCUCAGUCACAGCUCUUACAGAACUUUCUGAACUCCAGCAGCUGUCCAGAGAUCCAGGGCUAUCUGCACUUAAAGGAGCCUGGACGCAAGUCCUGGAAGAAGCUCUACAUGUUCCUGCGACGCUCGGGUCUCUACUAUUCUACUAAAGGAACAUCCAAGGAGCCCCGACAUCUGCAGCUGCUGUCAGACCUGGAAGACAGUAACAUCUUCACCAUCAUCACAGGCAGAAAGCUUCACAAUGCCCCCACAGACUUCCAGUUCUGCAUCAAGCCCAGUAAAGGGAGGAGUGACUGUAAGGAGUUGAAGAUGCUGUGUGCAGAGGAGGAGCAGAGCCGGACCUGCUGGAUGACGGCCUUCAGACUCCUCAAAUACGGGCUAGUUCUGUAUCAGAGCUACAACAUCCCCCAGCAGAGGAAGUCCAACCUACUGCCUUUCUCUGCGCCUGUGCGGAGCGUGUCUGAGAACUCCUUGGUCGCCAUGGACUUCUCUGGACGGACCGGCCGCGUCAUUGACAACCCUGUCGAGGCCCAGAGUGCCGCCCUGGAGGAGGGACAGACCUGGAGGAAACGGAGCCAGCGUAUGAAUGUCCUGGGAAGUCCCAGCCCCCUGCACCCUUCCUCCCUGAGCACAGUGAUCCACAGGACACAGGUAUGGUUUCAUGGUCGCAUCAUGAGAGAGGAGGCCCACAGAAUGAUCAUACAUCAAGGCCAAGUAGACGGGUUGUUCCUGUUACGGGACAGUCAGAGUAAUCCCAAAGCAUUCGUGCUCACCUUGUGCCACCACCAGAAGAUCAAGCACUUCCAGAUCCUACCGUGUGAGGAGGACGGUCAGGUGUUCUUCAGCCUCGACGACAGCGCCACCAAGUUCACCGAUCUGAUCCACCUGGUGGAGUUCUACCAGCUCAACAAAGGAGUGCUGCCCUGCAAGCUCAAACACCCCUGCACCACUGUGGCCUUGUGACACUCCAGCCCCUCCCCCCCUCACACAAACACCUCCACCCUUUUUUUGCACACCUAUCUUCCCGAGACCCUGCCCCCCCCUAAACAGCUGCCCCUCCCUCGCCAACACAAUGAGGUCGAGGAGACAAAGAGAAGUUAAUGUCAAGUUUUGGGGAUAUGAACAACUCAGCCGCUGGUUCAAGUUCGAUGUCCCAGAUGUGCCGUGCUUUUCUCUGCCUUGUCGCUGUUUGGAUGUUUGAAUGGGAACUGUUUGGAUGGUCCACGUGUCGCAGAUUGUGGACCCGGCAGUCGCCCAACUCCUGCGAUUUUAUCACAUGGACUUGUUUGUUUAUGUCAAUACAAUGUUGACCAUUGAGAGAGACCUUUCAUUGUGAAAACACAGGACCGCUAUGAUCUGUUCAGCUAUGGGUCUCUCAGAUGGAUCCCUCCUUUUAAAGUCCCCCAACCUUCCACCCCCAUCCUCCAGGCCUGAUAAGCUGUGGUUCCUGCCCACCCUCGCCCCCCUCACUACCGAGGCAGGCAGGAAACACCACCCUCUGACUUCCUCAUCAAUCAUCAGGGAUGGACAGGAACCUCUCUGGGUCUUAUCAAACUCGAUCCAAGAGUUUUCUCAACCUGUGCAGUCCAGUCUGGAUAAGCUGACCCCCCGCCCCCCCCACCCACAACUCGAGCAGGCUUGACGCAGCUUCUCUGCUGUGUCUUACCCCAAGAUCCCCAAAAACCCUGGUGCAACCCCCAAUCCCCGCCUCCACGCAAGCUCACAAAAAAAAUCGGAGGAGAAAAGAGAAGUGGCUGAAGGCUAGAUAAGCAGAGCAGUGGCGAGGGUUUGCUGAAAGGGCAGAGGAAUGUUUAUCAGGGAGGCUGUAACAAGCCUCUCUUGUAGAGUUGAUUACUUGAUGUCAUUUUAAUGCUGUUUAAUUACUGUUGAUUCAAUGCAGAACUAGUUUUGCACUCCUGGGCGGACAGACGACAGCUGUUCUCUCUAGCUAAAUGAAGCUGGCUGCUCUCCAUUCGUCGUCCUCCUCUUCCUCCUCCACCCCGCCCUUCUGAAUAGCAUGCAUGUAAAUUUCCACCGGCUCAGAUUAGAUUACAGUGGCGUGGGAGCAAAGAGAGUCGUGGCUGAUUAUGCAGUGCCUUUCAGAAAGGUUUGGGAACAUCUUGGACCUACGUGUGUCUUAUACCGACAUGACUACACCACGGCUGCACCGUUACAAGACUGUGAGGAGGUGGAGGAAGACUGUUCAAUAGACUCCUGAAAAGUGUGUUCACCCUCCAGCUUCUACCAUUUCAGUCAGCUUUUAAAUCGAAGAGUUAAUAAUGCUGUUGAAUUUGUCUUUGAAUGUCAUUUUCUUUUCCUAAGUCUGUUCUGAUCUCACUGCUUGCACAUUUUAAAUUCUCCUAAUUUGACAAUGAUGAGUUGGAGCUGUCGGAUUCUGACCACUGUUCCCUCACUCCAGAGAAGACAAAUCAACAAAAGCACUCCCAUGACUUUUUUUUUGUGCUUGAAUUGAACAAAUGACUUGAAAUGUGAACUCAGACGACCGGGUGUCCAGACAGGGUCGAAUGAGCUUCACUCGCCUUAAGUGAAAAUCGUGAACUUUGUGUAUGAAAUGGAAUCUGUAUAAAAAUGCACAUACAGUAACACAUUUAAGACUUUAAGAUUCAACAACAUCGAGAGUGUUAAAGGUUACGUUAAAGAAGAGGUUUCAUAUUCGUGGAAAUGCUGUUUAUCUGUUUCUUGCCAAGAGUUAAACAAGGGUAUGGAUACUACUCUAAUGUCGGCUCGCUAGAGAAGAAGCUACUGUCAGCAGGUGAUAAAACCCACCUACCAGUUCCUCUAAAAACUCACAGGUUAACAUAUUGUUAAGCUUGUUAAAUCUGUUUAAAAGCCCAAGUGUAAAAACAGGAAUUUGUGGUUUUACCCAAGGCAAUAUAAGCUAACCAGCUGCUGACUGUAGUUUCAUACAGUAUUUAGUGUACAGAGAGUGGCAUUGGCCCCAUCAUCAAACCCCCAACAAGAAAGUAUGAGUUACACUCAUCUCAACGGGCCCUAUUUUCCGGUCUGGUGGUGUUAUUUCUGCAGAUAUUUGACAAAAAGUGUAACUUAGUUUUCCAGCAGCUGCGUGGUCGUCUGGUGGUGUCAGUGGUUGAAGUUGCGUUGUGGUGUCUGUCCCUCUGAGUCAAACAGUUAGGAAGUUUGUCUCUGAACAAUCACACGGAGAAAUCCUUUAUGGGAGGGCAAGUCCUGCACCGUUAUGAGGGAUGUUUCAAUGUGGCCAGAAAAUACAGUGGCAACUAUUUUUAAUAUCAGUAAUUAUUAUUUGAAGCAAAAUGACAAAAAACUGCAAUAAGUCCUCUUGCAAAAAGGGAUUUGUUGAUCAUGAUUAAUAUUUGAAUAUGUUGACUUCUAGGAAACUCAGAGAAUUGACCAAACAAUUCCCCAAUUUAUCAAAAACUUCAAAAUCACUAAAGAAGUUCUUAUUCGCAGCCCUUCAAGCUCCAUCUAAAAACAACAUGGCCUCUGUCUGGUAGGUUUUUAUAAGCAUUCUGGGAGAGGAAGUGAUAGAGAGAAACUGUACGUCUUAAGCUAAAAAAGUUGGUCCUCUGCUGAACAAAAACUUCCAUCUUAAAGCCAACAUGCAGAGGAUUUAAAAAUGGCACUGAGUUGAGUUGGUUGAAAGCAGCCUGCAGGCAUGAAACAUGAACAUCAGCAGAAUGGGCUUAUUUUUCUAGAAACAAAUGACUGCGCUGUCAGAAUAACCAGUUUCACAUGCUACAUCAUCAUGAAAGAUCCUCGAGAGUGGUUAACGUCCUGUUGUCUGUUUCUGGCCUCUCCUGCUGUUCUGUUAGCAGCAGAAUAAAGAGCUGCAGACAUGUGACAUAACAGCUACUUAGCCUCCUCCUCCACCCCUCCUGCUUUCACCUGCAACUGCCCUCCAUCCUGUGCCAGAUCCAGUGAACAGGGUUAGCACGAGGCCGUCAGACUCCCUGCCAGGCGAACUAAACUCUCUAAGUACUGUCAUUGACACGCAAGCCACCGCCACACGAGUCCACCAAUCGCGUGACUUGACCAGAAUCACUAGCUCUGCGUAUCGCCAAUCCGGCCUUUUGUAGUCAGCCAGGGCAGACUCUCUCCAGGGAUUGGAUAAUGCUUGAACCUCCCCGCCCCCCCCCCCCCCGUCCCACCUGUGUCCAGCCUGUAAGCUAUGACCCUGUGGUGAAUAAGUGCGUGAGUGUGUGCGUGUGUGUGUACGUGUGGAAAGCCAGACUGUUGCAUUCACUCAUCAGGAUUGCUAACUGCUGGUUAUCAAACUUGCCUUUUUUUAGAGACAGUAAGCGGAAGGUUGAUGAUCAGUCGGGUUAAGUGGUGGAUUUAGAGGAGACAGGAGGUAUCUGCAGGUAUCCCAGCAUGCCCGGUCAUCGGCUGAGGAGUCUUUCCUGUCUGUCAGAGAGGGAUGCAAAGCCACAUCGCUAAGGGUCAGCUGGGGGGGAGGGGGGGUGGCAGACUCUGUCCUCUCUUCCCCGCUCCAUUUUUAAUCACUGUGCUACAAUGCAAUCCUAUACACAUGUAAAGUAUACAAGUAUAUGACAAUACCAGUGUACAGUAUCAUUUGUUUUCUAAGUAUGUGAAGCUAUGGAGAGGACGUAGAUCUAACACUGUACCUAGGUCACAGAUCACUAUGUAUGGGGCGUUAUGCUUUUGCUCAUAACGCCAUGUAAAAUGAAGAAUGAUAUAUUUUGUCCUUUUUUUUCUUCUCCAUUAUUUGAUUGUGUGUAUAUUGAUAUUAUUGUGUUUUUUUUUCUUUGGUUUGCCACAAAAUUACCUUUUAUGAAAAAAAAAAAGAAUAUACCACAUUAUAUACAGUAUUAAAUUAAGCUGUUUGGUUUUUUUUUAAGAGAUCAAACUGGAUUUUUGGCUUGUGUCAAAUUCCUGCACAUCAGUUGUCCAUAUAAGCUGACAGGCUGACAGAGUCCUCCACUCUGACAGCAUAAAAUGAUGCCAUUUUGUUUUCAGACUACGUCUUUUGAAUAUCCCCUCUCCGUCUGGCUGAUUCCACUCAUUUACUUCCAGGACAAAACUCCAGUAAAUGAUGGCAAUCAACACACACACACACACUAGUGGGUUUUAAUCGAAAGCACACACACCCACACCUAACCCAUGGGGAUAUUCUUAGCAGCUUUUGUACAACUUUCAUCACAAAUAGUACAAUUAUACGCAGUAGCUCAAGAGGAUUGUGCAUUUCAAUAUGUCCAUGUACUCAGAUUUUAAGGUGCAUAACAAAGUUUUUUUUUUUUUAUUAUUAUUCUUAACUUAGCCUAUUCUUGCAGCAGGUGCCUCUUGUUUCUGAAUAGUAACAAGUCCUAAGUUUCCGUCCAUCCACUCACUGGGUUCUUUUGCAGUCAGCUGUGAAUGUGAAACAUAAUCCUACUGGAACUAAAUCCUUGUGUCAGGUCAACGUCACAUACAGGUCCCAUCGACACAGCUGACUCACAGUGGAGGUGGAAGUGAAACUGACUCGGUUAUGUUUUAUUUUGGGGGGUUGGAGUCAUCAUAAGCUGAAGGCAAAUAAAUAUUUCAGGGAAAGAAAAAAAAAAGAGCAAGUGAACCGAAUCUUUUUUUUUUUUUUUAUUCUCAGAUCCCCUACUGUGCUUUGCUUCAUUCUGUCUGUACGGCUCCUGGAUCAACAUUGUAUCCUGUUCAGGUAUUUUUGUACAAAUAAGGGACUGAUAUAUUCUGUGUUUAUUGGAAAUUAGAAUUAAAGACAACAUUGCUAUAAACCAAAA